ACUUUAUUUAAUCAGGACAUGAACUGUUUCACUUUGUCCUUGACUUUACCCAUUGGCUACAUGUAGGAUCUGCUUUGAUGAUCAAUCCAAAGAUUGACAGAUCGUUUUAACCUCACACCAGUGAUGAAACAGGGAGUUUUGGAGUGAAUAGACUGGCUUUCAAUUGGAGGGAGAGGGAAUACUUGGACAUUAGAAUCGCUAGAACAAGAAUCAGUCCAAGGAUCAGUGUUUGCUUUCCUCACACACAAAGAGAGGAAGGCAUGCGGGGACUCAGAAGGAAGCGGCUGAUAUGCGUCUCUGUCCCUGUAGACGUGGUGCACCAUAUCCCAGUCUAGUCCCAUAUCCCCUAUCCCACUGAGUCAUGCCCCCUCACCCUGCGCUGCGGUUUGUGAGAGUCUGUGUGAGAGCUCAGCUCACUCACUGGGUUGUGUGUUCUGUGUCACAGGAGAAGGAAAGCAGGCAUUCUGCCCAGCCUGGAGGACCUGCUUUUCUACACCAUCGCCGACGGUCAGGAGACAAUCCCUGCUCACAAAUUUAUCACGCACUGAAAGCCACAGGGCUGCGGACAGGAGACCCUCGACUCAAAGAAUGUAUGGACAUGCUGAAAGUCACUCUCAAAACAACGUCAGACGGCGUGACGCUGGAUAGACACCUGUUCAAAAAGUGUGUCCAAAGCAACAUCGUGCUGCUCACCCAGGCCUUCCGAAAGAAGUUUGUCAUCCCCGACUUCCUGUCCUUCGCCUCCCACAUCGAUGAGCUGUAUGAGAACGGCAAAAAUCUGUCUGGAGGACAGGUAAAGGUUGCCGACUACAUUCCCCAACUUGCCAAAUUCAGCCCGGACCUGUGGGGCGUGGCCCUCUGCACAGUAGAUGGACAAAGGCAUACGGUGGGAGACACUAAAGUCCCGUUCUGUCUGCAGUCAUGUGUGAAACCACUGAAAUACGCCAUCGCUGUUCACGACCACGGCACGGAGUAUGUUCACCGCUUUAUCGGAAAGGAACCCAGUGGCCUGCGCUUCAACAAACUCUUCCUGGAUGAAGACGACAAACCCCAUAACCCGAUGGUGAAUGCUGGAGCCAUCGUGUGCACCUCUCUGAUUAAGCAAGGCGCCAGUAACGCUGAGAAGUUUGACUAUGUUAUGAAUUUCCUGAACAAGAUGGCGGGAAAUGAAUAUGUGGGUUUCAGCAAUGCCACAUUCCAAUCGGAGCGUGAGUCAGGAGACAGGAAUUUCGCUAUCGGCUAUUACCUGAAAGAGAAGAAGUGUUUUCCCGAGGGCACAGAUAUGACGUCCAUCCUGGAUUUCUACUUCCAGCUCUGCUCCAUCGAGGUGACAUGUGAGAGCGCCAGUGUCAUGGCUGCGACCCUGGCCAACGGCGGCUUCUGUCCAAUCACAGGGGAGCGUGUGCUGAGCCCGGAGGCUGUCAGGGACACACUGAGUCUCAUGCACUCCUGUGGCAUGUACGACUUCUCUGGCCAGUUCGCCUUUCACGUUGGUCUGCCAGCCAAGUCGGGCGUGUCCGGUGGCAUCCUGCUGGUGGUGCCCAAUGUGAUGGGCAUCAUGUGCUGGUCUCCUCCACUGGACAAACUGGGCAACAGCGUUCGGGGCAUCCAGUUCUGCACGGAUCUGGUGUCCCUGUUCAACUUUCACAACUACGACAACCUGCGGCACUUUGCCAAGAAGCACGACCCUCGCAGAGAGGGGGGGGACCAGCGGGUCAAGUCUGUCAUCAACCUCUUGUUUGCUGCCUACACCGGAGAUGUGUCUGCGUUGAGAAGAUUUGCACUGUCCUCCAUGGACAUGGAGCAGAGGGACUAUGACUCCAGGACGGCCCUGCACGUUGCUGCCGCUGAGGGACAUACAGAGGUGGUUCGGUUUCUUCUGGAGGCCUGUAAAGUGCACCCCUCGCCCAAGGACAGGUGGGGCAACACUCCGUUUGAUGAGGCUGUUCAUUUUGGCCAUCACGAGGUGGUGACUGUUCUGCAGGAUUAUCAGAAUAAAUACAAUCCACAGGAUGCAGCUGCGGGCAGUAAGGAAUCAGCAGAGAACAACCUGGAUGGCAUGCUGUAGUCCUCCACAACAGCAGGGGGCGAUCUUUUCAACACCAUCUUCAGACUGGGCUCUUCUGUACUCUUUCUCCGGUGGAAUGGUCAUUGAUAGAAUAGAUGGUGGCUGUGCUGUAUGUCUGAAGUAUUUGUUAUUUGUUUUCCUCUCUUAUUUUGUUUUGCUAUGGAUUUACGUUUUGGGUAUUUUUAUCCCAUGUGUUUUGGUUUGUUUUGUUUUUUUUAAUUUGUUUACUUCACACCCAUCCUGUUCUCCUAAAAGGGUUUGUGGUGUUGAACAUUUCUGUGUCUAUAUAAAGUGGUGUAAAAAACAAACAAACAAACAAUUAACGCACAUAUAACUGUAAAUUGUAUAUUUGUGAAUCUCUAAUUGAUGUCCGGUCAAAUUAUUUUAGCGUAGCCGGCGACUGGUGACUUGCCAGUGAUGUAGCCACUCCUCCCAUAGCGAGAGCGUCACUGCUCUCUUUAAGACGAAAUCUGGACCUUUUUCCUCUGGUAACACUCAAAAAAAGAUUCAGUCCCACUCAGUAGGAAACUGUCCACACAAACCAGAACUGUCUCAUGAGAGAGGCAUGUGAGAAAAGUCUGGUCAUUUCUUUGGUUAUAUUCUUGGUAUAAUAUCUAAAGUCUGUGUUGUUUAAUCGUCUUCUAUAUAUCACAUCACUACUAAUGAACAUUUAGCAACCACUGUGUAUGGGCUGGACAGUAGGGAUGACACACACUGUUUUUUGUUUCUUAUACAGUGGUCUGGUCUAGACCUCACCAGAUACCACUUACCACUCUUCCCAUAUGGACCACUACAACUGAACGGAUGUUAGUUUCCCUUUAUUCUCUGAAUAUGUUAGAGACAGUGGAGUCUUUUGGCAUGGGCUUUUUCGCACCAGUCUUAUUUUGUCACUGUUGAGCAAGGUGUGGAAAUCAUUCGCAUUUUAAAAUACCAGAAAUGAAUAAGACGUUUUUAUUAACCAAAGUCCUUUCACUCCAGUCAUCAAAAGCAAAAUUCCCUCAUAAAGUUUGUCAACGAACAAUAGCUUUUUAGGGGUUUUUUUUUGUUGUUGUUCCUCUUUUGAUGUGGCGAUUGUGCGUGUUUGUGCCUUUGGCCUGGAUUUCACACUUUCCCACCCAUAACCAGCCAAAGACUGGCUCUAAGUAUCAGAGCCCUCAAAUUGUACAGAGAAAAAACUGAAUGCUUUACGGUUAAGCGACUACAUCUGCUGUGCUGUUUGUUGAAGUCUUUAUUUUGGGAGGAAUAACUUUCAGAGUUCUCUUGGGUGCCCUUUUACCAAAAAAACGCUGUUAACAUACAAGACCAAAGGGAAGAACUCUUAGAUUGUGCAGUGAGUCUGUGGGUGAGAAAACAAAAGCGAUGUGGUUACAGACCAGUCAGGUCUUGGACUUGAGACUUCAGGAUUUGAGAAUGUAUUAUCCGGGUUUCUUCUUUUUAUCUUUUCUCUGUUUGUUCAUAUUAAUACAGACUAAAUUCAAAAACGAGAAGUACAUGUUCAUGCGCAGUUGUGUGUGCAUGUGUGUGUGUAUGUUGUCACACACAC